GUUUGAAGAAAUUUCUCCUCAACUGUGUUAUAAACAUGGAAGGGGUUUGUUUUAAGUAGAAUAUUUUUAGGGGAUUCCCCCGUGUUUCGUUUUUAUCAAAAUAAAAAGUACCAGUUUAAUAUGCGCUGGCACAUUUUCGUUUAGCUGACGUUUACUUUUAGUAGUUAAUAGUUGUUACUCCUUUGUGAUAUUUAGUACUGCGAGGCUGUGGUACUCCUUAAUUAUUGAAUAAAUCCUUUAUUGAGUGUUUUUAUAUAAGUUUAGGAUAAUUUUUGAACAUGGAAGGUGGUUGGAUUAAUGCUACUGGUUUGCGUACAGCACCUGCAUUGAAGCCUUUCAAUUUAAAUCCUAAUGCAAAUGUAUUUGUACCAAAAAAUGUUGAGAAUAAUGGAUCAUCUGCUGAAACUCCACUACCUCCAGCUCCUUUUCGUCCAGAAAUUCGACAAUCUAUGCAAAAUUCUUCAGAAAUGACAAACGUUAUACCUCCUGCUUUUUACCCAACACAAAUAACUGAUUCACAUGCACAGUAUAUUCCUGCCAAUCCAAUUUAUGGCCAAGGAUUUAUACCAAAUUGUGUUGUUGUGUGUGCAAAUAAUUAUGUUCCGUUUCCUCAAAACCAGUUUAUUCAAAUUGAAAAUUUGAAACUACAAGAAACACAACAAAUGUCUCUAGAUGAUCAAUCAAAUACUAAUCAGCUAAGUGUUACUUCAUUAGAUGAAAGUAACUACAAUGAUGAUUCAAGGAAACCCAGAUUAGAAGAAGGAAAUAAAAGAUUAGUUUCAGAUAGAGAUAGUAGACAGUCAGAAGAAUCUGAUCAGGAAAGAUCAUUUAGUGCUUCAAACGAUGAACUGAAUAAUCAUACGCUUGAUAUUAAUGUCUCUCAGUCUUGUUGUGGACCAAUGAGAAGUGGAGAAUCGUCAAGAGACAAUAAUGAACUUUCCUGGAGUGAACAACAUGCUAAUUGUACGUCUGUGGGACAUAUUGACCCAAGACAACCAGAUUUUCAUCGGAAUGACAGAGGUAAAAGAUUUUUCAGAGAAACUAAUACAUAUUCUAAUAGAGGCCACAAAAAUUGGGGAUAUCAAGAAAAAUUAGGUGAUCAUGCAAAUGAAGAAAGUUUCAAUAAGAAUUCUGACAGACAAAUACAACAUCAUGAGACAUAUAAGGGUCGUAGUGAAGGUGGCUAUCGUGGUCGAUAUUUCAAAGGAUAUAAUAACUCAAGUAAUAACUUUUCUUAUAGAGGAAGAGGCUACAAACAUUCAAGAUAUCAGGAAAAAUCAGCAGAUCUUUCAAAUGAAGAAUAUUUGAAUGAAAGCUCUGAUAGAUUUAUUGAAAAAAUACAAGGUUAUAAUGAAGAUGAUUCUAGAAGAGCCAGAGAAAACCGGCCUUUUAGAGGAAGUGAUAAUUUCUCUUCUGGAAAUCGCAGAAAUGAUUUCAAUAAAAACUAUAAUAGCCAUGAAGUGGGGAGAAUGAAUAAGCAUUCUUCUAAUGCAAAUGAUAAAACUUCAGAUGAUAGAGACAGCAAAAAUUUGACUCAGAAGAAUUCUGUCGAAAAACCUUUUGAUCAGGGACAUGAUAAAAAUGAUCUGAGAUCGCCAAAAGAAUAUGAUCAAAGAAGGGACAAGGAAACUUGGCAUAAUAAAAAAAGGGAUUUUAAACAUGAAGAACCAAGCGAUAAUAACCGAGAACAUGGAGAUAGCAAUAACAUAGUUGAAGAGACAAAAUAUAAACAUUCAUCAGGAAGAAGCAACAAAAAUUCAGAAGAAUCAACUAUUACAGCAGAGAAAUUAGUAAAACCUUCAAAUCAAGAACCAUUUGGUCAGAUACGUGAUGAAAUGCGGCCAAAUUUACACAACAGGGGCACAGAAAAAGGAAACUGGAAGAUGGAAAGGAAUAGACAUAGUUACAAUAAAGAUUUUGAACAUCAAGAAUUAAAGAAAACUAACCCAGAACAUAGAGAUUCAUCAGGAAAAUAUAGAAGUAGCAGCAAAAAUUCAGAAGAAACAAAUUUUACAGGAGAGAAAUUGGUCAGACCUUCAAAUCAAGAACAAUGUGGUCAGAUACGUGAUGAAAAUGAUCAAAUGGGGCCAAAUUUACACAACAGAGGCACAGAAAGAGGAAACUGGAAGAUGGAAGGAAAUAGACGUAGUUACAAUAAAGAUUUUGGACAUCAAGAAUUAAAGAAAACUAACCCAGAACAUAGAGAUUCAUCAGGAAAAUAUAGAAGUAACAAUAACGCAGGUGAAAAGGAGUUAGAAAUAUCAAAAUCUAACUAUGAUAGAAAUAAUGCGUUUUCGGAAAAUACACAGGAAUCUAUUGGAAGUAAAAAAGAAACCAAGAUUCAACAAGCAACUUAUAGUGAAAAAAACCAAAACCAAAAAAGUUAUGAAAAUCCUAAAGAAGAAAAUGAUUGGAGUGAUAAAAACAAAAAAUCAAACUUUGAUAAAAGAAGUAGACAUAACCAGGAGUUUUCAGAAGAUUUCAAAAAAAAAACUUAUGACAAAAGGAAGAGAAACGUGGAUCUGGAAGAGGAGAGUCCAGAAAAUAAAUUUAAUAAUUUAAAUAUUCAACCAAGAAAGUCUGAAUCAAGAAGAGAAAAUAAAAAUUGGAAUAUAAAAAAUGAUAACACAAGUAAUAAAGGUCGUGACAACUAUAAUUUUGAAGCAAGAGAUGACAAAAAUCUAGAAAAUAACAUUGAAACCCCGGUUGAAGAAACUUGCCAAAGUUCUUAUGAACAUGAUGUUGGUGAUACAAAUGUACAUGAUUCUUUGGUGGAACUAGAUUCAGAAGCAAUUCAACACCCCAAAGCACAUGCAAAGAAAGAAGGACUGAGUAAAGAAAAAGAUAAAAGAAACGCACACAAAAGUUCAUCUAAAUAUCAUCAGUCAUAUUCUGAUACACGUAAUAGUGAUAAUUUUUCACUUAUGGAAAGUCUUUUGGCUAAAGAAAAUGAAAUGAAGAUGCAAAAUAGGGUUAUUCAAGAAAAUUCUCCACCAGUCAAACAUGACGACAAAAGGAAUAAGAAAGAUACAAGGCGAAAAACAGAUGAUAUUGAAACUAAGAAAUUUUUAGAUCCCAGGAUGGAGAGAAAAAAAGAAAAUAUUGUAGAUUGUAGUAAGCUUAUGAGGGUAACAGGACCUAGAGAAAGUUCCACACCAGUUGUCACUUCCUAUUUGGACGACAGUGUAGAAAAAGAAAAGAGGGAUAAGGAAUAUGACAUGUGGGACAAUCACUGGGAGGAAAUUGAUGAUUUUAAAAUUGUUUGCGAAAUUCAAGGCAAUCUUUUUGAACAACCAAAAGAUUUCUCUUUGGCUCAUUGUGUGGCUGAAGAUCUUAGAAUGGGAAGUGGGAUCGCUGUUGAUUUCAAGCGCGAGUUCAAAAAUUUACCCAAUCUUCUAGAUCAAAGGGCUAAGCAAGGUGGUUUGGCUACUAUACAUGAUCAGGCAAAUGAUCGAUUUGUUUACUACCUGGUAACAAAAAAAGACUCUACUGGAAAACCAACUUAUUAUACUUUGUGGAAGUCAUUGUUUAAAAUGAGAGAUCACAUUAAGGAAAAUAAAGUGACAAAGUUAGCAAUACCAAGAUUGGGCUGUGGUCUAGACAGGCUAGAAUGGGAUAAAGUGAAAGCAAUGUUGGAGUAUUUGUUUACGGACAUGAAGAUUGAAAUUAGAGUUUGUAACUUUCAACAGUUUGAACACGCCGACUAUAAAUCAAAAUGCAAAUUAGUCAUUGAGGAAGUUCCAGUCACGAAAAUCGCUCCGAGUACUUUGAUAUUAUAUCUAGCCACUACAAAAGGCGAAGAAGAUGAUAUAAUUAGGAAUAUGUCGAAAAAAUUCAACUUUUGGCCAUCUUUCAAGAAGCAAGAAAAAACUUUGGGUGACAUUGUGUAUUUUGACGAUAAAGUUCAAAAUUAUGGCAUUUGCGCUUGCGUUGUGAGGAAAACUCGACGAGAACCUAUAAGUUUUCUUACGCUACACUCUUGCUUACAAAAAAUUAACAAAAAGAACAAGGAAUUUGGCAAUAAUUGUUUUGAAUAUGUCGCUUUGCAGUGGCUGGAUUCGUAUGAUUAUUUUGACGAUUCAAUUAACCAAAAAAUCAUUACAAUGCUUAUUAAUUUUUUGAGGAAUGUUGACGUGUAUAUUUGCAGGGGUGAUUUUGAAGAGCCUUAGCAUUUAGUAAACAUUUUUUGCACACUUUCUAUGUAGAUGUGGAAAUCAUUGCUUGAAGUAUAGAAUGAAUUACUAACUAACGCUUGAGAGUAACAGGGUUUAAUUUGACAUAAUAUAAAAAUUGCUUGGGUUUUUAUUACCGCACUUUAUACAAAGUUUUUUUGGCUUAAGUUACUAAUUACAAUGUAUGAUGGGGAAUGGUUGAAUUAGAAAUAAAUCUUUUUGUAAUUUUUUAGUGUUUAUCUGCCAUAGG